AUGCGAGUUUGUGCAUCACUACCGCCUCUUUCAUCUUCCAUGGACUACCACCGCCGUCGCUUCUCAUUCUCUAGCCUUCUCUAUCUAUUACUGCUCCUCUUCUCCAACCUCUUCACCUUCCUCCUCUUCUCCUCCUCCUAUUCUUCUUCUUCUUCUUGUUCUCCAUGCCUUCCCUGUUCUUCUUCUUCUUCCCUUUCUCCUCCUCCUAGCAAUGUCGCUCUUCCACCGGAGUUCGUGGCCUUCACCUCCGCCCAGACACUCCCCUUCGGCCAUAAUCGCAACAUGGGCUCCGACACGAUCUAUCCCCCGGGGGGUCUCGCCUGUCCUCUCUUCCCUGACGACCUCGCCGCCUUCAUGUCGUACCCCGUCAACGGCUCCUGCCCCGAUGACGAGCCCCUCUCCCAGCGCCUCCUUCUCCGAGGCUGCGAACCCCUCCCGCGCCGCCGCUGCCGCCCUGCCGCUCCGUCAGACCCCGCCCCUCCCCUUCCCUUCCCCGCCUCCCUCUGGUCCCUCCCUCCUGACCGAUCCAUCCACUGGUCCCCCUACUCCUGCAAGUCCUUUGCCUGCCUCCUCAACCGCAGGCACUCCCCCUCCUUCGACGACUGCAAGGACUGCUUCGACAUCCUCGACGGCAGCCGCGAGCGCGGUCGCUGGGUGAAACCCUCCGGCAACAACCCCCUCGAUUUCUCCAUCGACGAGGUGCUCGCGGCCGCCGAUCCGCUCGGGUCCAUCCGGAUAGGCCUCGAUAUCGGCGGCGGAUCAGGGACCUUCGCGGUGCGGAUGCGGGAGCACAACGUCACGGUGGUGUCGUCCACCAUAAACCUGAACGGUCCCUUCAGCAGCUUCAUGGCAGCGAGGGGGGUGGUGCCGCUGUAUCUCAGCGUCUCGCAGAGGUUGCCCUUCUUUGACAACACGCUCGAUCUGGUGCACUCGAUGCACGUGCUCAGCAAUUGGAUCCCCACCACACUGCUCCACUUCAUCUUCUUCGACGUAUACAGGGUGCUGCGCCCCGGCGGCCUCUUCUGGCUCGACCACUUCUUCUUCGCGGAGCCGCAGAUGGCAGCGUACGUGUCACUCAUCGACAGCGUGGGGUUCGGCAGAGUGAAGUGGGAGGUGGGGCGGAAGCUGGACCGUGGGACUGAGCUGGGCGAGAUGUACCUCUCCGCCCUCCUCCAGAAACCCCUCAAGAACUCCUGGUAAUUUCUGAGGUUGCUCUCGCCCAUUAAUCCUUUCUGCCUCCUCAUCUACGUUCACGCUCCAGCACGAGGAGAAACAACAGCAACAAACAACAACAAAAAAUACGACAUUUCGUUUUGUUUGCAUUGGGCAGGUGACGAAAAUCAGCGAAAAAGCCACAAUUCACUGAAUUGCUUGAUAAAGUUCU